AUGGCGUUCAGGCGUCCUAGCAUGAAAGCCAAGCCUCUGGUAAAUCGUGAGGAACUAUUGCAGAGCAUAGUGCGAGAUCGCAAGUUGUUAAACGACUAUUUUCAAAGCCUGGCAACAAAAGAGUCAGUACAGAAAGAGUCAUCCACCAUAACGAUAGCACCGCAAGCUGUGCCAAUGCAACAACGCGACAGCUAUGAUUUGUUCUUCGAAAGCGCAUGCAUCAGCAUUAAGAGUCUACCGCCGAAAUUGGCGGCUGAGGCCAAAAGUCGCAUUUCACAAAUCAUCACUGAAUUUGAGUUGCGUGCCAUUUCAGAACAAGAAGCGCAACAGGAAAAGGAAAAACAGCAUAUUGCCAAAACCGUGAGAGUAUCUAACGAACAGGCUAUGGACAGUUCAUCUGGGAUUGUAUACGAAUUUCAGGCAUACACUUGA